GACGUACAAUAGUAAGUUGUACAUGCUUUUCAACUUCUGUUUAAUCUUUGAAUUUUAAUGAAAAAUAAAGUUUUUUAAUUUAUUCGUUUUACGCCAUCUCCAGAGUGCAUACGAUAGUUAAACCUCAAAUUAUUUUAUGUUAUGAUCACAUUAACUUGCUUUGUAUAAAUAUUGAAUAAACAUACAUUUUAAUCAUGUCGGAGAGCGUAGAGGUUCAAAUUGAAGAUCAGGAGUUCCAAUUGGAACCUGACAAUGAACUUCGAUUUGAAGUCGAAAACAAAAACGAAACAGUUGUGUUAGAAUUGAAAACUGGGCUAGCCGAAAUUUUUGGAACAGAAUUAGUAAAAGGUAAAUCUUAUACGUUUUAUUUUGGAGCGAAAAUUGCGGUGUUCACAUGGCAAGGAUGUUCAUUAAAGUUACGAGGAAAGAAAGGAAUUAGUUAUAUAUCUAAAGAGACACCAAUGAUGUUUUAUUUAAAUUGCCAUGCAUCGUUAGAACAACUACGAGUAAAAUCAGAAAAAGAAAAGAUAAGAGGUCCUGUUACAAUGGUAGUUGGACCAACUGAUGUGGGUAAAUCUACUCUUUGUAGAAUACUACUAAACUAUAGUGCACGGAUGAAUUCUCUUGGUCGUAGACCCAUCUAUGUAGACUUGGACCCAGGUCAGGGACAAAUAUCAGUUCCAGGAACAAUUGGAGCAGUCAUGGUUGAAAGGCCAGCUGAAGUAGAAGAAAGUUUCUCCCAAGCAGCUCCACUAGUUUAUCAUUAUGGACAUACAAACAUGAGUAUUAAUUCAACGCUAUACAACACUUUAGUAUCUCGUAUGGCAGAAGUUAUUCAUCAACGAAUGGAGGACAAUCCUAGAAUUAACUGUUCUGGAUUAAUAAUUAACACAUGUGGUUGGGUAAAAGGCAAAGGUUACCAGCAUUUGACUCAUAUUGCACUUGCUUUUGAAGUUGAAGUUAUUCUUGUGCUCGAUCAAGAAAGAUUAUACAAUGAACUAGUGAGAGAUAUGCCAUUAUUUGUCAAAGUUGUACUUUUACCAAAAAGUGGUGGAGUAGUUGAAAGAAGUAACAAAUUUAGGUUGGAAGGUAGAGAGGCACGUAUUCGAGAAUUCUUUUAUGGUAGUCCUAGGAAUGUACUUCAUCCACACACCUGUGAAGUAAGGUUUUCUGAUAUAAAAGUAUAUAGAAUUGGAGCCCCGCCCAUUCCAAAUACGUUGAUGCCAUUAGACAUGCAAAAAACUGAUUUAGAGACAAAACUUGAACCUGUUACUCCAGGACCAAAUAUGAUGCAUCACAUAUUAGCUCUAAGUUUCAGUACAACGGUAGAAGAAGACGUUGUUAGAACUAGUGUGGCAGGUUUUGUCUGUGUAACAAAUGUUGACACCUCACGACAAAUGUUAACUCUUUUAUCACCUCAACCAAAACCUCUGCCUGAAACAAUUUAUCUCAUGUCAGAUGUACAGUUCAUGGACAACAAUGCUUGAAGCUGUGUAAUUGAAAAGAGCCAGAAAAUAUUUUAUGUGUUAAUAGAAAUACAGUUAAUUAUUAUUUUUUUAAUACAUACUAUAUAUUUCUUUGACCUUAAGUUUUAAUAAUUCUCAGUAUAAUAUAAUGUAUAUAUUUAUAUUAGAUGUAAUCCUUGAGCUGAGGUUUUAUUUUUCCUUAGUAUAAUAAAGGACUUAUAAUUAAUAUUCAAAAAAUUAUAUUAACCAUAAGUGUCAUUUAAUAUAAUAUUAUUCACUUUAUACAAUGUUCAGUAAUAUACAUGUAUAGCCAUGUUAAUAUUUAAAAUACUACUUUUAAUUAUUAUAAGUAAUGUAAAACUAUUGUUGUCAUAAAUUAUGUAUAUCUACAAGUAAGUGUUUACACAUUUUUUAAACUGUUUUUUUUUCUGUGUAAUGACAUUUUUAAGUAUUUAAAUACAAUUUAAUAUUUCUAUA